CUGCUGCAAGUCAUAUGACAAAGGGGGAACUUUGUAGCAGUUAACGAGUGUCUUUGAGGGGGAGGACACUGAAGUGAGAAGACCCUUAAAUUACUGUUGAUAUUGCUGUACGGAGUCGCUGCCCGUUUAUAAUGAAGGGGAAAUUGGCGUUGUGGUGGAUAUUUAUGUUCGGGGUGGAACGCGCACUUUGUGACACCCCAGCUAACUGCACAUAUGAGGAUUUGGUGGGAACCUGGAUAUUCCAGGUUUCCGAAGGUGGGCGUGAUCGGGGCAUAAACUGCACAACGAUGGGACCUUCUGUGAAAACUGUCACAGUUAAUCUUCAGAAGCUGUCCGUGGCCUCUGACGACCUGGGGAACACGGGAUUUUUCACUCUCAUCUACAACCAGGGCUUCGAAGUGGUUUUGACCGAUUACAAGUGGUUCGGUUUUUUCAAGUACAAGCAGGAAGGUUCAGAAGUGACCAGCUACUGUGACCAGACUCUACCAGGGUGGGUCCACGACGUUCUGGGAAACAACUGGGCCUGUUUUGUGGGAAAGAAGGUUACUGCGGUUCCCCGGAGAACUUCCGUCAGCAAUCAUCCAGAUUUCAAACAGAGCUUGCUCUUUCAGCGUCCCUACAAACACAACCAUGACUUUGUGCGCACAAUCAACGCUGUUCAGACGUCCUGGAAGGCAACUGCCUACAGCGAGCACGAAAGCUUCACCAUUGAGGAGCUCAUUCGAAGAGCUGGUGGAAGGGACUCCCGUAUUCCCAGCCGUGUAAAACCUGCCCCUGUAACUGCUGAAGCGGCCAAGCUGGCUGCAGGAUUGCCUGAGCACUGGGACUGGAGAAACGUCAAUGGUGUCAACUACCUCACCCCUGUGCGCAACCAAGCUAGCUGUGGGAGCUGCUACUCCUUUGCCACUAUGGGAAUGCUGGAAGCUCGAAUCCGCAUCCGGACCAACAACACCCAGACGCCCGUCUUAAGCCCGCAGCAGGUGGUGUCCUGCUCCCAGUACUCCCAAGGUUGCGACGGUGGCUUCCCGUAUCUCAUUGGGAAGUAUAUCCAGGACUUCGGCAUCGUUGAGGAGAGUUGCUUCCCUUAUAUUGGCUCCAAUUCCCCUUGCGAUGUGAAGCCAGGGUGCCUGCGCCACUACACCUCCGAGUACCACUAUGUGGGCGGGUUCUACGGGGCGUGCAAUGAGGCGGCCAUGAUGGCGGAGCUGGUGAGGGAUGGCCCCAUGGGCGUGGCCUUCGAAGUGUACCCCGACUUCAUGCAUUACAAGGAGGGCAUCUACCACCACACGGGCCUGACGGACGAGGUCAACCCCUUCGAGCUGACCAAUCACGCGGUGCUACUGGUGGGCUACGGGAAGUGCCAUAAGACUGGGCAGAAGUACUGGAUAGUGAAGAACAGCUGGGGCACCGGCUGGGGGGAGGACGGCUUCUUCCGCAUCCGCAGGGGCUCUGACGAGUGCAGCAUCGAGAGCAUCGCUGUGGCGGCCAUGCCAAUCCCCAAACUGUAGGUUUCUGAGGAGCGGGUCUCUCUCAGCCCCACGGCUCUUUCAAUCAAUAGUGCCAGUGCUGUUAAAGAAAAUAAUUGCUUACAGAUUUUAAUGCCAGGUGAAAAAUGGCAUGGAAUUUUUUUAAUGGAUACAAUUAUUGUGCUUCAGUCUUUUAACUGUAGAGCUCUUCUUCGCUUAUGAAAUUUGAACCAGGAAGUGGCGUAUACCAAACUACAAGAGUAAAGGGUGUGUUUUGUCAUCCGUGACCAGUAUUGUUGUAAAAAUUAUGUACUAAAUGAUCAAUUAUAGUUUACUGAGCAAUGUUGUUUCAAUUAGUUUAAAUCUCAGGAAAGCACAGGCUUGACCUUGACAAAUCUAGCACCACCUCUUUAAAUCUCAAAGGGAAGUUGUUAUUUAAAUGAGCCUGCCAUAUCUAAGGAACUUAAAAUGAUCUUGAGUCUCAUGGAUGUAUAAAGGGAAAUGCCUGAACCUGGCUGCACUCUUAGCUUAGCUUUUUUUAAAUUUGCGUGUUUACAGUAAGUUUUCCAUGCAAUGACGAUUUUAGAAUGUAGUUGUGAGUCAAAGAUAAAUUUGCACUUUUUUCUUUGAAUUUUAUGUUUGAGAAAUAAAGAUGAUUUUAGAAUUA